AUGGUCGUUACUACUAAUACUGACGGUGCAAUGAGCACAUCCGACGCUGGUGAGAAGACCUACCCGGCCGCAAACUGUUACUGCAAAGAUUAUAUUCGCGGUUGUUGCACUCGAGAAAACUGCAGAUUCAUACAUGUAAUACCUCCGAAGUCAUGUUUAAAGGAAUUGUUCAGAUUUUGUCAUGAUUAUCAAAACAAAGGAUGUUAUAGACAAAACUGCAAAUUCAUACACAGCACAGUAGAAGAAGAAGAUAAUUUUUAUGCUACAGGCAAAUUUCCCCAUAGUACGCGAAAUGCACCAGUAUGCCAGGCUUAUACAGUGAAUGCCUGUAACAAUCAAGAUUGUCAAUAUUUACAUCCACCUGAUGUGAGCGGACAUGAACUUGUGCCCAUACACAGUGUUCCCCCACCUCACCAGUUCACCCACCCACCACCACCUCUGAAAGACGAAGAUUCUCCUCCAGAAGCCAAAUUAAGAAGAUUUACAUAUGAAGAAAAUGGUAUUGAAAAUCAAGUUUUAUCAACGCAACAUUUGUGCUCAAAUUGUGAAACUUUAGACCAUAAAAUAAAGUUACUACAUGACAACAUAAGUGUGCUUUUGAAAAAAAUUGCAGAUUUAACAGAAAAGAAUGUGCAGUUAACUUCUAUGAAUGAAUUUUUACUGGAACAGGCAGCCACUGUGAGGACUGGCCAGCCCUGUGUGAUCACUUCAAGACAUGGGACUUCAGCACCCGUAUCCCUAGCAACUGUCAGUGUGACUCCAGUAGUGAGCCUGGCAGGAGCCCUACCUACACUAGUUCCUGCUGCAGCCACUCCUAAUUUGGCAUUGGCUCCUGCAGCCUCUCGAGCACAAUUAUUAACUCCUGCUCCACAAAUCUUAACAGUGAGCACAACACAACAGUUAAUGGGGAAUUCUGGUGCUCUCAUAGUCACUAGUGCUGGAGCUCAACAAUUGAUGCAUGUUAGUGAUUCUGGUACCCUUAUGGGUGGAGGGCAAACUGUUGUAGCAGUACCAGCUCAGUUGACUUUGGCACAACCUGCACAACAACUCAUGAGCAAUGCAUCUCAAACUGCUGUUCAGCAACUCGUCCAGCAAUCAGCUCUACAACCACAACUAGGUCCUCAGCACCAAGCUACCCAGUAUGCAACCCAACAAUCAGUGCAACACUUGGCUGCAGCUCAGCAGUCUGCCCAGCACCUUGCACAACAGUCAGCUCAACAUUUAGCUGCUCAGCAAUCUGCUCAGCAUUUGGCAGCCCAACAGUCAGCCCAGCACUUGGCAGCCCAACAGUCUGCACAACAUAUGGCAGCACAACAGUCUGCACAACAUUUAGCUGCCCAGCAAUCUGCACAGCAUUUAGCAGUUCAACAAUCAGCGCAACAUUUGGCAGCACAGCAGUCUGCACAGCAUUUGGCUGCACAGCAAUCAGCUCAACACUUGGCUGCACAGCAAUCUGCUCAGCAUUUAGCUGCACAGCAGUCGGCUCAGCACUUGGCUGCUGCAGCGCAACAAUCGGCACAGCAGCUGGCUGCGGCUGCCCAGCAGUCGGCCCAGCAGAUGGUGGCGCAACAGUCGGCGCAGCAACUGGCGGCCCAGCAAUCCGCACAGCAACAGCUGGUUCCCUCCGCGCAGCAGUUGGUCCAUCAAACAUCUACUCAGCAAAUUACUAUCUCUAGCACUAGUCAGCCCAUGGCAUUAAGUAAUUCUCAGGCUCAGCCUAUUACAUUCCCUAUGAUAUCACAAAGUAUUCUACCACAUUAA